AACUUGUUCCCAUUUAUCUACUUGUUCAAUUCAAUCGUGGCAUGUGAGGCUCUCAUUUUGCCUGUAAAAGAUAGGAAUACAUUUGUCCUAUGUCCUAACCAUGGCCCCCAUACACAUGACCUCCUCCAAAACACCAUGAAAGAAAACAUUGAACAACAUGAACUCGAAAUCGUCAAGGCUGUGGCACAGGCAUGGCUCGGCCACACCACCACCACCUCACCACCCUCCUCCACCAAUGAAUUCGAUACCCGCCGCCUCAGUUUCAAGAUCAAACCCACUCGGUUUAAGCUAGAAAAACCAUCGUCAUGGAACAACAGUAACAAUAACAGUAACAGUAUCUCAACAAGUUGGGAUUUCACACAAUCACUGUGGGAUUCAUACGAGAUUGUGGCAGUGUCAAGGCGGCUCGAAAGUGGGCUAUUACUGGAAAACGAGUUUGAUGAAUCAAGUAAAGGUCAAACUCAAGGUCAAUCUAGUAAGAGAAAGAAAGAGAGCAAGAAUAGCCUCAGAAAUAUACUCAAUCGAACAUCGUCUAGGAGGUUUGAUGAAUAGAUAUUGAUUAUAUACAGAAUUCCAUAUAUCUUUUUAACACCCUUCGCGAAUGAUUUUUGUGCAUUUGGGUAAGGUAUGUAAGUUUCGAGCUCUUAGAAAUAAGAAUUUUGUAUUGAAGAACAAUGUGAAAACGCCUAUUUACUUAUAUGUUGUACUUAAAAACACAUGAUAAUGAAAACAUUACGAAUCUUGGCUA